UAGGAGAGGCUCUUAAAAUGGCAGGACAAUAAUAUGGGGAGGAGGGAUAACACUGGAUUUGGAUAUAUCUCCCAAGGGGUAAAAUAUCCGAUUUGCGUACAUAGGUGUGGCUGACUAAGUGUGAGAGGUAGUGGUUCGGGCGACAUUUGACAAGAAAGUGUGCCUGGUACAGAAAAUGGAGAAGGGGCCAGCAGGACCCGGGCCAGCAGAGGCAUCAGAAGGAGCAGGAAGAGACCAUUUUGCCAUUCAGCCUAGGAUCAGAUGGGAGCUACCCCACUGGGCAACAUUGCAGCCAGAGGGCAUGCCUACCCAGUGGUGGGAAUUCUUGAAGAUGACGCCCUCUCCGGCCACGGUCUGGGGCAGCCCAGGGCUUCCAGACCUGACCUCUUGGGAUGACUUGAUUGCUUUUGAGAGAAUGUUUGGGGCCUGCCAGUGGCCUAGAGGUGACGGGGUGACCCGACUGAAGCCUGCUUUUGGUGCAGAAGUCCAGCAAGCAUUGAGCGGCAGGAACACCAGAGGCAAAAAAGACUGUGGGAAAGCCAAGACCAUCUUCCUGCAAGAAAACUCCCCCAGCACAGAGCUGCACCGCCAGCGCUUCAGGCAGUUCUGCUACCAGGAAGCUGAGGGGCCUCGUGAGGUCUGUGGCCGCCUGCGGGAACUCUGCCAUUGCUGGCUGGAGCCAGAGAGUCGUACCAAAGAGCAGAUUGUGGAGCUGCUGGUUUUAGAGCAGUUCUUGACCAUCUUGCCCCAGGAAAUCCAAAGUCAGGUCAGGGAACGUAACCCGGAGACCUGUGCCCAAGCAGUGGCCCUAGCAGAAGGCUUCAUUUUGCGGCAGCAAGAAGGCGAGCAGCAGGAGGAGCAGGGGCCUCGAUCAUCUCAAGAUAUGGCUGUGGAUUUUUCAGAAGCACAGAGAGUGUCGCUGGAGGUCAGGCAGCAGCAGUCGGACAGCAAGAUAAGGAAGGUGGAUAUUGUUAACCUCUCAAUGGAUGUCAAUCUAGUUAGCAGAACUGAGGAGCUGGAGCAGCAUCUAGAGUCCAAGGAAGAUGAGACUGUGGCAGCCCGCCCAGCCUCUGGGGGAACCCAAAGGAAAGAGAAAAGCCAUGUCUGUAUUGAAUGUGGCAAAAGCUUCACUCGUCCCUCAGAUCUGGCAAAACAUCUUAACGUUCACACAGGUGAAAGACCCUACCUUUGUGUUGAGUGUGGGAAAAGCUUUAGCCAGCUUUCCCAUCUUACAAGACAUCAGAAAAUCCACUCAGGGGAGAAGCCUCACAUCUGUUCUGAAUGCGGAGAUACCUUCAGCCAACGGGCAUAUCUUGUCAGCCAUCAAAGGAGUCAUUCAGGAGAGCAGCCAUACCACUGUUCUUAUUGCCAGAAAUGCUUCAGCCACCAGUCUGCUCUUAAGAUCCAUGAGCGGAAUCACAUGGGCCAGAAGCCUUAUGCCUGUACUGACUGUGGGAAACGGUUUGUUUCUUCAUCUUCUCUCACUACACACAGGAGGAUCCACACAGGAGAAAAGCCUCAUGCCUGUGGGGUGUGUGGGAAAAGGUUCAUCCAGCACUCCAACCUGGUCUCUCACCAGCGAACACACUCAGGGGAGAAGCCAUUCUCCUGUAAGGUGUGCAGCCGGAAGUUUGCCUACCCUUCUGAUCUCACACGACACCAAAAAAUCCAUACAGGAGAGAAACCUUACCCCUGUGAUGAGUGUGAGAGAAGGUUCACCAGGCUAUCUGACCUCAUUACACACCAACGAAUCCAUACAGGAGAAAAACCCUACCGCUGCCUUGAGUGUGGGAGAAGAUUCAGGCAGAGGGGAGUGCUGGUGAAACAUCAGAGGUGCCAUUCAAAAGAAAACCCAAAAGGAAGUGAGACCAUCCAGUCCACUGAGUCUCAAGCUAAAAGUCCAUUCAAAGCUCAUGAGAUCAAGCUGGAGAAAGAACUGGAAGAUCAGGCAGAGCCCAGCCUGAUUCUCUCUCCCAGUCCCUGAUGCAUAUCACUCUUACACUGUUGCUUACAGAGGGAUCCAUCAUUUUGUAGGCUAGAGAGUAAGUUUUUCACCAAGCUCCUUUUUCUAUUCCCCUACUACUGACUAAAAAGCAGACAUGAAGGUAGCUGCUCAUCAUGCUGUCCCCUUGUGUUUUUAUAAACAACACUGCAAAAAGAGGAGGGUCAUUUAUAGAUGGAGUUGUAAGUUCAGGAGAGAAAGGGCAUGAAGAGUAAUCUUGUCUUUUCUUCCUUUAUAUGGCCCGUUUUCCUUUAUCUGCAUACAGUAACCUUUGGAAGCAGCUGAAAUAAUGCAGCUGACUCUGCGUGCACCAUUUGGAAUAAACCUUUUCCAAGUAAUUAACUUCACUUUGCUGGCCAGGUAAAUGAGGAAUAGCUCUCUUUUCAGAAAGAAUAGCUUCCAAACAACUAAAGAGAGACAGAAACUGAACACACCUGUCUCUGUAAUAUAUUCAAGGCCUGGCCAGGACAACGGUUUCUAUAACUCCAUAUGAUGAUUAAAUGCAGUUUUUCUCUGCCUCGGAAAUGUCAGGCAGAGACUGGGAAAAGCAACCAGUUCAUCAUAAGGUCAGCAGGGCUCAGGCAAUAUACAGGAACACUUCUGUGACAAUGGUAUGAACUGGUAACCUUUCUAGAUUGAAAAUGAGGAUAGCUCUAUCACCUUCCACUUCUUCAAGUUCAAAGCCAAGCGGCUGUCAAUCCAUCUGGGAUUGGAUCCUCUCAUUUCUGUUCUAGGUCACCUUCAGGAGAAUUUAAGGGUGUGAUAAGGAUGAACCUUUAUUAGGUUGUGCUUUUGGUACCAUCUAGUCUGAUUGGCCACACAUCUCUAAGAUGUCAGGAAGUGCAACUUUCCCAGACUGUGACCAGAAAUUCUUGAAAAGAGCUAGCAGAAUCUGGGGUUGGGGCUUUGUAUACACGUCAGUUGUGGACUGCACUACUAACUGUAGUAUGACUUCUGCAUUACACUAGCUAAACUUUAGUUCUGAGAUUCAUUUUUAUAAACUCUGGCAAGCAGACAGCCCCCAAACAUAUGGAACUUCGUCCUCUGUUCCUCUUCCUGCUUGCUAGUAGACUGACUGAUGUGAUCUAGGCAACAAACAUACCUCCCAAUUAUAGUACAGUAUUAAUGAAGGAAAAUGCAUGGAUGAAGCUCUGGAUUGCAGAUGGAGAUGGUGAGCAAAAGAAGCAAUAUCUAAAUUUGGUUUGUGCAGUGUGGGGACUUGAAGCAAAUGAAGUCACUUUUUACUGGCUGCUAUUUUGUUGAGACUUGGCCUCAGGUAUGGACAGCAAUUUAUGAGAAACCUUGACUUGCUCAACUGCAUCUAUUAAGGCCCUGGAACUGUAGGAGGCAAAAAUAGGUAGCAAUUCAGUUUAUCUCAGUGGCUGAUCUCCCACUGCUAUUUUCUGGCCAGCAUUGCCAUUUGAAUGGAAAUAAAUUGAAUACAAAAUUGGUAAACUUAGGUUGGUGGGAAAGAGUAGCUCCUGAGAGUGCUCUGUUGAUUAUGAUAAAGUGAUACCUGUUCCAAAAGUGCAGGACAUGUUUUAGAAUGAAUUCACAUCUUUAAUCUGGAAUAUAACAUAUAACAACUUUAGGCAGGACUGUGCAUACAAUUCUGAAGAACUAAAAAACUUAGCAUGUUGAAGAGGUUAUAUUUAAUAUUAACAUUAAAGAGGUUAUUAAUGUUCAUAAUUGUGAAGAUAAAAUUUAUAAAUAUGCUGGUGGAAUUCCAGAAGCAGUACAUGCUUAUCCAGAGCCAGAUGCUCAAUUGUUAAGUAUUUGGGCACUUUAGUAGCUUCUUCUCUCUCCCCAUAA